GAGAGCACCAGGAAAUCUCAAGAACUCUCCAGUACUUUAACUUGUCAAUAUAAAAGCGAGCUGUGGCUCUGACUGCAUUCAGUACUGAGAAGCAAGACAGCACAAACCGACAAACAGACAGAUUGUCUACAGCCCAACUCUGACAAGAAGCUCCAGAGAAAAUACUGAGAAGAUGUUUCCUAUCAGCCUCCUCCAGCCCUCUCACACUCCUCUGUGUGUCUGCAGAGAGCCUGCACUCACGCUCUGGCCAGCCACACGGCUCAUCUUUGGGCAGCUGGAAGAUGACAUGCUGAGCAUGAGGAACGAAAUGGAGAGGAGAAUGCAACGUGUGAACCAGGCUUAUCAGCUCCUCUCUCAGGACAUGAACAUGACAAGGAGACUAGCACAGAGCAGGCAGACUGGGGACAAAAAGAGUGAGCAGGACUCUCCCAAAACUGACAAAGAGGGGAAGGAGCACUUUGAGCUCAGCCUGAAUGUGAGUCCCUUCUCUCCUGAUGAACUGACUGUGAAAACCGAAGGAAGGAGACUGAUUGUGAUGGGAAAACAUGACCAGAAAAGGGACACCGAGAAUGGGAGCUACUUCCAUGAAUACAGAGAGUGGAAGAGAGAAGUUGAGCUCCCAGAAGAUGUAAAUCCUGAGGAAGUGCUGUGUUCCCUGUCUGAAGAAGGACAGCUCCUUCUUCAGGCUCCUCGUCUGGCACUGCCAGCUGCUAAAGAGAGACCCAUUGCCAUCACCAUGAACCGGGCACCAGUAAAUGGAGAGGGGAUUCCUCCUGUGCCCCAGAACAGCAGUGUGAGCGGAGAUCCAGAGAAUGGACUAAAUGCUUCCUGACAACUUUAAAGGACUGUUUUUACAUCAAUUUAGCUGUUAUACUGCCUCCUGAACAUAUUUUAUACAUGUGUCGCAUUCAUGUUGUUUUAAA